AUGAGGUCCGGAAGCAAACGGGAUACCUGGAGACUGGAGGAACCAGAGUCCAGGACUUCGACGAAGCGCCAGACGGUGCAUGGAGACUUCGAGCGCCCGUUCGCCCGAAGCCCAUCGGACGAUGAAGAGCUUCCAGUGAUCAGCAGGAAGACCAGCAAGAGGAACACAUGGAGGAAGGAUGAUGACGAUGAAGCACUUCCGGUGAUCACCAGAAACACCAGCAAGCGCAAUACAUGGAAGAAGGAUGAUGACGAGGCUCCUAGUUUGAGCAGGAAAUCCAGCAGAAAGCGCACCUUGAGGCAAAGCUUCAAUCAGGAGACGGUGCCGAUCGACAUGAAUGACAUGGAAAACCGAAUCCACGAGGUCUUCGAGAUGUUCGACAAGGACAACAGCGGAGAACUGGACAUGUUGGAGCUGAGAGAAGCACUCUUUUCCUUGAAUCCGCAGUUCUCCGUCACGGAGGUGGCCUUUUUCUGCAAGUGGAUCAACGAGACUGGAAAUGGCGAUGGCCUCGUCUCUCACAAGGAGUUCAUGGACUGGCUAAAAGCUGGGACACCUGCUGCCCAAGAGCUGAGUCAAAUCAUCAUCGCCGAGACGGGCUCGUCGACCGCGGCGCGGCUUCGGGACCUCUUCAAGCGCUUCGACAAGGAUGGCGGUGGCACAUUAGACUUGGACGAGAUGUCCAGCGUCUUCCGCGUGCUGAUGCCCUGCUUGACCUUUCGAGACAUUGCACUCUUGAUGAAAGAGCUCGACACAGGCGGCGAUGAGAAGGUGUCGCGCAUGGAGUUCCUGGCGUGGUUGCAGAAGGGAAGUCCCAAGGCUUUGGAAGUGAAGAAGGAGAUCAUCGCGACCACGGGCAUUCGUUGGGAGCAGCGGAUCAGGAGGGCCUUCCAGACCUACGACAUUGACAAUUCGGGUCUCAUGGACAUGGGCGCAAUGGCCAUGGCAUUGAGAAACCUGGGCUCCCUCACCAACGAAGAGGUCCGGAACGUGUGUGCGGAUCUGGACAAGUCCAAGGAUCAUCGGAUCUCCUACGCCGAGUUUCGCGCUUGGAUCAAGAACGGCAUGGGCUCACGAGAAAUCGAGAAGGCGAAGGCCAUCCUGGCGCCCAGUGACAGUGAUGGCUUGGAAGCGGUCUUCUACAACUUUUGCGGUGCUGGCAAAGCAGAGCUGGAUGGGAAGAGCUUCAUGAAGCUCUGCGAGGACUGCCAGCUGCUGGAUCGCAAGAUGGGAAGCGCGCAGGUGGAUUUGAUCUUCUGUGAUACCCGCGUGAAGAAGAAAGGGCAGCGUACCAUUGAUGUGGUGCAGUUUGAAGUGGCUUUGGAACUCUUGGCAGAAAGGACAGGAGUUCCGAAGCAGGACUUGAGAAUGGAGGUGCUUCUGAAGGGCAAACCCGACUUCCGCUCCUCCACUGGCUUGCAAGCCUUCCGGAAGAUGGCGCCGGCGACGCCAAAGGAGGGCGAAGGCGCCUCGGCACGGCGAAGCCAUACGCUCCGACGAUUGCCUGGGUCGCUAGGAGCUCCACGAAGUGAGAAGAAGGUGGAGGCUUCCAAGCUCUGGCAGGUCUUCAACCGCCACACCGCUGCAGGUCGCUGCUUGUGGCUCAUCUAUGCCGAGAAGCCGAAACGUCCCAAGAGCCCUCCAACGGGCCGAGCGUCGCCACGGGGAGCGCCCCCCAGGCCGAGCGAAGCCUUGCGAAGCCUGAAGAAGCGAGCCAACAGCAUGUGCCCUUACCAUGUGCUCCAAUGCGCUCGAAGCAGCUGCGGCUUUCGAGUGACCGAGGUGGGAGGGAGCUUCUGCUGCCAGGCUUGUGAAGAUCAAGCCGGUGAUCAACAUGACAACACGUGUUUGCAAGUGCCCGUCGCGGGGCUGUCGAUGGACCGCUCAGACCGAGGCUAUAGUGACUACCAUGACUUCUCCGUGCAGCUGCGGAAACUCUUAGAGGAAAAGGUGGCGAGGGCGACGGGCGAGGGUGACCUCUGCGAACGAACUGGCCUCUAA